AUGGGUUUGCCCAGAAACACCUUGUAUUUUGUUCCAGUUUUGCUACUCAUUUUAACCAUUCUUGAGCUCGCCCCAGUAUCCAAAUCUGCACCUGACUACACCAGCUUAGUGUACAAGGGUUGUGCCAAGCAAGAUUUAGCAGAUCCAACAGGGGUUUACUCACAAGCACUCUCUGCCCUUUUUGGCACCCUCAUUGCACAAUCCUCCAAGGCCAAGUUUUUCAAAACCACCACUGGCAGUGGCCAAACCACCAUUAAUGGCCUUUUACAAUGCAGAGGGGACCUGUCAAAUGUAGAUUGCUAUAAUUGUGUGAGCAGGUUGCCUAUACUCAUAGAUAAACUCUGUGGCAAGCCUAUUGCAGCAAGACUCCAGCUUUCUGGGUGCUACAUGCUCUACGAGGUUGCAGGGUUUUCACAAAUCUCCGGGAUGGAAAUGCUGUACAAGACUUGCAGUGGAACAAACGUUGGAGGGGCCGGAUAUGAGGAAAAAAGAGACACUGCAUUUUCUUCACUGGCAAAUGGCAUUGGAAAUGCCAAUGGAUUUUACACCACGAGUUAUGAGUCAGUUUAUGUGUUGGGGCAAUGUGAAGGUAAUAGAAGGGUCAAACCUUUUCAGGUUGUAAAACUUCACUUCAUUGGUCUGGUGCAAGAUCGCGAUUUCUUUCGUCAUCGAUUCUUUUAUUGA